CUUUGCCCGCCCCACUCCAAGUGCCGAGCUUCCUCAAGAAACCCACCCAUGUCGUCCCCCCAGCCGAUCAACACCCUCGAGGAUGUGCGCGGCCUGCUGGCUGAGCACCCCGACUUCCCCUGUCCUGGCGUCCUCUUCCAGGACAUCUUCCCAAUUUUCCAUCAUCCGGCGGCGGUACGCAUUGUGGUCAAUGAGCUGGUCCGGCAGAUCUCCGAGCACUUCGGGCAAGUGGAUGCGGUGAUUGCCCUGGACGCGCGGGGGUUCCUCUUCGGGCCGCUGGUGUGCCAGCAAUUGGACAUCCCCUUCAUCCCGGUGCGCAAGGCCGGCAAGCUUCCCGGGACCGUCAUCGAGCGCAGUUCCACCAAGGAGUACGGUGCCGAUGUGUUGGCCAUCCCGGCCGGGGCUGCGGCCGCCUGCACGGGCGCGAUCGCGACCGGUCGCCAGCCACGUGCCGUUGUCCUGGACGACCUGCUGGCCACUGGCGGGACGGCCGCCGCGGCGGUGGCCCUCACCCGGGAGGCCGGCUUCGAGGUGGCCGGCUUCGCGGUCAUGGUCCUGCUGACGGAGCUCUGGGCUCCGCUGGCUGCCGGGAAGAUCACCGCCGCGGGCCUGACCGAGGACCAAGUGCUGGCUCUCUUCCGGAUUUGAUGCCCUGUUUGGGGCGAAUUUUCCCUGUCCCCCCCCCCCCCCCC